ACAAGUUAUAAAGCCUUAUCUAUCUCUCAAAACGCAAGUGAGGAGAGAAUGAAGACCCUCUCCCAACCUCUCUUUCAGAUUUCAUCCACCAAAUUCAUCGUCUGUGAGAACCCCAAGAUCAACCAUCGAAAGAGAAUAGAAACAAGACUCGGGUUCAAUGAAACGCCGAAGAAUUUAUCUUGGUUUGCUUCUUUACCAUCUUGCCAAGUGACUCACAAAUCUCUUCCUUUGGUUGUUUCAGUUGCUUUGCUUCUCUCAGCAACUCCAGCUAAAGCUGGAAUUAUGUCGGGAUUUUCUGGAAUAGAAUCAAUUCCUGGUCCCCAGUUACCUCAAAUUGACUUUCUUAGCCGUUUCAAUGAAGAAAACCAGAAGAAAUACGCAGAAGCUGAUGAGAAAUUCAAAUCAUCUCCCAUUCUCAAGGAGCUACUUGAGCGAUCCAAGCUGAACAAAGAAAAAAACCGCCAAGAAAUUCAAGACAAGUAUUGCAUACGUGGGGCAGAAUGGGGCGUUGGAGAUUGUUCAGCAGAAGGCAUGUCACCAGAGGAUAGAGAAAACUUCAUCGCUAUGCUAAAGCAGAAGGCAGGAAUGAAAUAGAUGUAGCCAUCAAUUCUAGUGAAUGCUUUCUUGAGUGUUGUCUUGCUCUAGUUAUUUUUCCAAGCAUGUAUGGUUAGAUGUCUGUUUUCACAUUGCAACGUCAAUAGUAGCAGGUUUUGGAUUACUUCCAUAAAACAGUAACUUUUAUGUUAUAUUUUCAGUGUAUUUGAUGAAAUAAUUUUGAAAGAGCA